AUGCAAGUCGCUCCCAACAGCCGCGGUGGAAGGCCGAGCGAGCCUUCUCACGACCUACGUCUCAAUGCUCAGCACGCUGAAAUACAUGCAAAAGAGCCUGUGUCUGCAAAUGAACAACACACCCAAUCAGCCCUUGACACACUUGCAGAAGUCUCUCGACGCCAUCUUGAUUAUUCUCAACCAAAUCAUCUCGAGCACGACCCCGAAUACGACACCCAAGGCGCGGACGAUCGUCUGGCAGAUGAAACACUGCUUUCCGAACUCCAAAAUCACGGUAUCAUCACUGCGGCCUAUGUCUCUCUAUUCAUCGCGCGCUCACAUUAUUCAGUCAGGAACUUAUCCGCCCACACCUCCCCUCCGAGCAGUUCACACCCGGCAACAACAACGUUCGACGCUUCACCGCUUGUUGAAGCUGCAUCUGCCGCUAGUAGACAGCUGGAACUAGACCAGGGACAACGAUCGAUGCAAGAUCAGGCCCACCUUCCGCUCGACCCUCAGCUGAAGAUGACCUCGCCGGAAUUGCGUACUUCUCCCAACAUCCCUGCACCAGUCGUACCCACUCGCAACGAGUCCCAAACGAUGACAUGGACACCCAAAUCUGUGAAUACCUCUCAAGCAUCACUUGGCGCCUUCCGCCUAGCCUCCGAUUAUCCUUCAGAAGGCUUCGGCCUGUUGCAGAAGCCCACAAAUAGCAACAAACGAGGUCGAUUCGAUGAUGAGCGGCGCAAGGAAGUCUCGGAGAUUCGAAAACGCGGUGCAUGCAUCAGAUGUCGGAUGCUCAAGAAACCGUGUUCAGGCGAAACACCGUGCAGCACCUGCAAGAAUGUAGAGUCCGCGCGUGUUUGGAAGACCAGAUGUCUACGAACUAGACUUGUGGACGAGUUUACGCUUUGGUCAUUGGGCCUUUUCCACGGCAAGGUAAGAGUCAGAGAAGGAAGGGUACUGCAAGACAGAGUUCAGUCGCUGUCGCCUGGGCAUGGACAUGGACGCGCUCGGCUUUCAACCGACGGCGAUCGAUGGUUCAGCGUAACAACGAAGGCGUACAGUAACGAUGGGGAGGAUGUCAGCUCGUCAGCAGUCAUGGCAUUGGUAGAAGAUGAACAUUUGGAAGCUGCCCUCGCCGGAUACGCGGAAGCUUCUUUCGACACACUCGAAGAACAAAGGAGCUCCGAUUUCAUGCGAACCACUUUGGAAUGUGCGCAUCGUCUCACCCAAGACCUCGAGAUGCAACCCAGCUCUGCAAACAGCACUGGCGGAUCUGGCCCGAUAUCACCACGACCCUCCUACAAUCUCCACAGCCAACUCCUCCAAAACUGUAUCAAGCUCUACAACCUCACUGACAUGCUUCUUGCUCCCUACGAGAAGUGGUCGAUACAACUACAAUCUUCUACAGGAGUUGAAGCCGUCGACGCUUCUGAACAACCCUUCACCGACCUCCCAGCAUCCUCUCCAAGCCGCCAUUUGAUAAUCGAUCAGAUCAAAGCUGCAAUUGAGCUUCACUGCAGCAAGCUCUGCAAGACGGCGAUGAACGAGCUUGAAAGGCAACUGCUGCAACGACAGCAGGUCUCGCGAUUGGUCACCUUCAUCUCGGCCGUCAUUCUUUUGAGUUGCGUGGAGCGCAUGACGGGCUUAUUCCACUCUUUUGAUACUGUAACGGGGACGGACGACGCCCAAGCUCGUUCGAACAUGAAGGAAGAUGAUGAUGAUUGGCCACUGGAGGUGCCGCCCUCAGCUUUCUGGAUCCAAGGACAGCAGUUCGCAGAUCUGCUUGUCAUGCUCUUACGCCUGCGUGCCCUGCCGCCCAGAACUAUAGUCAAUGCUAACGGUGCACUGGUCGUCAGUCGGGAUCCCAAUUCACUUAUACGAGCUCAGAGCAGGACAUCAGGGGACCAGAUGGCCGAAUCGGCUAGAAUGGCGGCUGAUUGGCUUGAACCUUUGCAGUUGAAAGCGACCGAUCUUGUGAGGAAGAGGGAUGAUGGCGCACCGGGCGUGGAAGAGGGCGUGGAGGCGUGGGAGCUGAAGUUUGUGGCUUCACUGCUAUUGCCUGAGAACUAUCGGUGA